AUGGAGAUGAACUAUGAUGAACAAGAGCUCUCGGCCAUCGAGCGAGAGCUCAACGUCGAAAUUCUCCCUGGCACCGAGUUGAUGGCGGAUGUUGGGACUCACCAUUUCGUCAAGAGUAGCGGCAGGAACCACCGUGUCUUGGUCCCCCAACCGUCGGAGGAUCCUCAUGAUCCCCUCAACUGGUCGACGUCAUGGAAGAUUUCGGCCAUUGUGGCCUCGAGUAUGGUCAGCUUUACUCAGGGCUUCGGUCCGCUCUCUCUGGCACCCAUGUUCGGCGACUACAUCGAGGCGUUCCACUGCUCCCUGGCCGAUGCCGUGCAGUUCACCGGCGUCGCUAUUCUUGUGCUUGGGUUCAGCAACUUCAUCUGGGUCCCGCUCAGCUCGACUUUCGGCCGCCGCCCCGUCUACAUAUUCUCCCAGCUCAUCUGCCUGGGUUCGUCCAUCUGGCGCGCCAGGGCCCAAACUUACGGUUCCUUUAUGGGCGCCUGUGUUCUGAACGGUAUCGGAGCUGGGCCCGCUGAGACCAUCCAGCCCGCGGUCAUCGCUGACAUUUUCUUCCUCCACGACCGUGGCAAGUGGAACACGCUCUACUGGGUCGUGUACAUGGGAUCUCUGAUGGUUGCCCCCAUCAUUUCGGGGGCCAUGGCGGAGAACGUCGGAUGGAGGAAUUUCUGGUGGUUGUACACCGGUCUCAUCGCGCUUUCGCUGGGCAUGGUUAUUUUCAUGUUCCCGGAAACGAAGUGGCAUCGACAGCACCCCAAGGAGAUGAUCAAACACUCCAUGGCCGCCCAGGAGGGCAAAACCGAGGGCAACGAGAAGCAGACAGACGCCGUUCUCGAGCAAGUGCCGGUGAACAACGAACUCGCUCCGGUCGAAACCGCUGAGCGCGACCCGUGGCUCGGCCGUGGCUCGCCCAGCAAACGCCAAUGGGGACUUUACACGCCUAACCCCGACCCAUUCAGGGCCAUCUUCCUCGAUCUCUGGGUUCCAUGGAAACUCUUUGCCUUCCCCAUCGUCGAAUUGGCGUCAUUUAUCGUCAGCUGGAGCUGCUCUUCCUUCUUGACGCUCAACUUGACCCAGACCCAAGCCUUCGCCGCACCGCCCUACAACUUCACAACGGAGCAGAUCGGUUUCACCAACUUCGCGAUCUUGGUGGGUGCCAUGAUUGGCCUGUUCACUGCAGGCCCGUUCUCCGAUUUGGUCGCUGCUCGCGCCACAGCGAGGAACAGGGGCAUUCGUGAGCCCGAGAUGCGUCUGCUCGCCAUGAUCCCGUACGUCAUCAUCAUGUACUUCGGCAACAUUAUUGUCAGCGUCGGCUAUCAGAAUAAAUGGCCCUGGCAGGCGAUCGUCAUCAUUGGAUACACCUGCGCGGGUAUCCAGGUCGCGGCCAUACCCGGCAUCGCAUCGACCUACGCCGUCGACAGUUACAAGCCCGUUGCGGGCAGCUUGUUUGUCGCCAUCACCGUCAACAAGAACGUGUGGGGCUACGGCUUCAGCAAGUUUAUUACAAACUGGAUCAUCGAUGAUGGUUAUAUCCCACCAAUCAUGACCAAUGCGUCCCUGAUUCUGCUGUGGUGCCUGUGUGCCAUUAUAUUCUACUUUUACGGGAAGACGUUCCGCCGAUGGACGAAGAAUAGCAGCGUGCAUUCGAUGUAA